AUGGAGCAACUAAAGUCGAUAGGGCGGGAGCUCGCGAUGGGCUCCCAAGGUGGGUUCGGGCAGUCCAAAGAGUUCCUUGACCUCAUCAAAUCGAUCGGCGAGACCCGAUCCAAGGCUGAGGAGGACCGAAUAGUUUUACGUGAAAUUGAUACUUUAAAAACCCGUCUUGCAAACCCCAAUACACCGAAAUUCAAGCUCAAAGAGUACCUUGUACGUCUCCUUUAUGUUGAGAUGCUUGGUCAUGAUGCUUCUUUCGGCUACAUCUAUGCUGUCAAGAUGACACAUGAUGAGAAUUUACUGUUUAAAAGGACCGGAUACUUGGUUGUUACACUGUGUUUGAACGAGGAUCAUGAUUUGAUUAUUUUGAUUGUUAAUACCAUACAGAAAGAUUUGAGGAGCGAUAAUUAUUUGGUGGUUUGUACUGCUCUUAAUGCGGUGUGUAGGUUGAUUAAUGAAGAGACAAUUCCGGCAGUGUUGCCACAGGUGGUGGAGCUCUUGGGACAUCAAAAGGAGGCAGUGAGGAAAAAGGCGGUGAUGGCACUUCAUCGGUUUUAUCAGAGGGCACCUGGGUCAGUUUCCCAUCUCGUUUCUAACUUUCGCAAGAGGCUUUUUGAUAAUGAUCCUGGUGUUAUGGGUGCAACACUUUGCCCGUUAUUUGAUCUUAUCACAACUGAUGUUAAUUCUUACAAGGAUCUGGUGAUCAGCUUUGUAAACAUUCUUAAGCAAGUUGCAGAGCACAGACUACCAAAGAAUUAUGAUUACCGUCAAAUUCCUGCCCCAUUUAUCCAGAUCAAAUUAUUAAAAAUACUUGGGUUACUGGGUAAUGGUGACAAAAAGGCCAGCGAACACAUGUAUACCAUUGUGGGUGACAUGAUGAGAAAAUUUGAUUCCACAAGUAAUAUAGGGAAUGCCGUUCUUUAUGAGUGCAUAUGCUGUGUUUCCUCAAUACAUCCCAACCCCAAGGUACUCGAAGCUGCUGCUGAUGCCACUUCGAAAUUUUUGAAGAGUGAUAGUCACAAUCUGAAAUAUCUUGGUAUUGACGCUCUUGGCCGGCUGACAAAAAUAAGUCCUGAAAUUGCUGAACAGCAUCAACUGGCUGUCAUCGAUUGCUUAGAGGACCCAGAUGACACUCUAAAGCGCAAGACAUUUGAACUGCUUUAUAAAAUGACGAAGUCUUCAAAUGUAGAAGUAAUUGUGAACCGUAUGAUUGAUUAUAUGAUAAACAUCAAUGAUAAUCAUUACAAAACUGAAAUAGCAUCUAGAUGUGUUGAACUUGCGGAGCAAUUUGCACCAAGCAACCAGUGGUUUAUACAGACCAUGAAUAAAGUAUUUGAGCACGCAGGGGACUUAGUUAAUGCCAAACUGGCUCACAACUUGAUGCGGUUGAUUGCUGAGGGAUUUGGAGAGGAUGAUGAUACUGAAGACAGUCAGCUCAGAUCAUCUGCUGUGGAGUCAUAUCUUCGAAUUAUUGGAGAGCCAAAACUUCCAUCUGCAUUUCUUCAAGUCAUUUGUUGGGUCUUGGGGGAAUACGGUACCUUUGAUGGGAAGUAUUCUGCGCCAUAUAUCAGUGGGAAAUUGUGUGAUGUGGCAGAGGCACAUUCAACUGACGACAUUGUCAAAGCAUAUGCUGUCACAGCCCUUGAGAAAAUAUAUUCCUUUGACAUUGCAGCUGGAAGAAAAGUGGACAUGCUUCCUGAGUGUGAAUCCUUGAUUGAAGAAUUAUUAGCAUCCCAUUCAACAGAUCUGCAGCAGCGUGCUUAUGAACUUCAAGCAAUCAUAGGUUUAGAUGCUCAUGAUGUUGCAAAUAUAAUGCCAAUAGAUGCAAGUUGUGAAGACAUUGAGAUUGACAAAAGCCUUUCGUUUCUUGAUGGAUAUAUUCAACUAGCUAUAGAAAAGGGGGCUCAACCAUAUGUUUCUGAGAGGGAACGUUCAGGAAUGCCAAAUAUUAGCAACUUCAAAAGCCAAGAACAGCAUGAGUCCUUAACGCACUCUCUUAGGUUUGAGGCUUAUGAACUUCCUAUACCGUCCAUGACCCCUCAAGUUACUCCAGUGCUAGCAUCUUCUACUGAACUUGUUCCUGUACCCGAUCCAUAUUUUCAUACAGAGGUCCACUAUUCUGCUACACCUGCGCCAUCCGUCUCUAAUGCAGGGUCAUCAGAACUCAAGCUACGACUUGAUGGGGUUCAAAAGAAGUGGGGCCAACCUUCUUAUUCCUCACCUGUGUUGUCUACUUCAAUCAAUGAUACACCUAAGAUGCAGAAUGGGAAAACCCAACGCGAUUCAGUUGGAAGUGCAAACUCAAAAGCACGCGAUGCCUCUUAUGAUUCAAGAAAGCCGCAAGUAGAGAUAUCUCCUGAGAAGCAGAAACUGGCUGCUUCACUUUUUGGCGGUGCACCGAAAUCUGAUAGAAGACAAUCUUCUUCAAACCAGAAGGUUACUAAGAAUAUCAGCCAUGCUGCAGAUAAGUCUCAUGUGGAAAAGACAGCAACUUCUGAUACUGUUAUUAUAAAAACUUCCCAGCCACCUCCCGACUUGCUCGACUUAGGCGAACCAGCUGGUACAAGUAUUCCACCAUCUCUAGAUCCUUUUAAGCAAUUGGAAGGUCUUCUCGAUCUAAAACAAGAUGCAACCACACUAAAUACCAAUGGAGUUAGUGGUACUGAUGCACCCGACAUAAUGUCCCUCUAUGCAGACAUGUCACUAAGCGACCCGGGGAAUAGUACUGCAAAUCCAUUUUCAACCAGUAAGGAAAGUGCUAGUCUUCUCACUGGGUUUUCAGAUGAGGCCAACAUAAAUGGUCACGGAGGAAAUACAGUUGCACAGGUAACACAGCAAUUGAACAAGGGACAAAAUCAUAGAGAUUUUCUGGAAAAGGAUGCACUUGUUAGGCAAAUGGGAGUGACGCCAUCAGGUCAGAAUCCAAACUUAUUUAAGGAUUUACUUGGGUAA